AUGUCUGCCCUAGAGAUCUUCGUCGACCGAAACGCACUGACGGACCACGAGCAAGAGGAAAGAAAAAUUUGGAAGGUCUUGGAACAUUGCCCAGAUGAGGAGCUAUGCGACGAUGAUUUCGUCCUCAUCGACAUCAACUUGUAUCUCGACCAGACUGUUCCACUCAACGGUCUAGGCUCGCUUGCCAAAGCCAUUGGUGUCGAACUGCGCGACGGCCAAAUUGUGGAAGACGCCCCAAGUACGAAGAACGGCCUUCCCUGCAGCGUGAUCGUGAUGGCGUUCGAGCUCUAUGCCCCAACCAAUCUUACUGACAACGAAAUUCAACAGCGAGCACUUUCUAUUGCGAUUGACGCGAUCUUACCCUUCGAGAAAGAUGAGUUCGAUCCGCCUAUUGAGUAUCCCUACGAGACAAAAGAUUUCUGUCUUUACCUGGCAAGAGAUGCGAGAAUGAAUACAGGUCUUGAGGACGGCUUUUGUCGCUGCACUAUCAAGGGAGAAAUCCAUUAA